AUUUAUCUGUUCAGAAAAAAUACGUAUAUAAUGUACGACUAUUUUUGUUUUAAUCCGUUUUUUUUCUAACCUGACACGCCAGGUGGAAUUGUUUCGCCAGUGUGAAACAAGGAAACGGGCGUAUCCAUCUGCUUUGCAAGGUUAGUAUUUUUCUAAAAGCAAUCAGACAAUUUCUCUCUUAGCUGUAGCUUGCCAGGCAGCUUUCAAACGCAUCCAUAGUGAAAUUUGACCCUCAGCGUCUGCCGUACUGUUACCAGCGAGGAGUGUCCGUGCCACCGGGAGGACUGUGUCCGGUGGUGUAAAAGAAGAACUGCUUCGCUUUUUUGAUUGUAGAGAUGACCAAACGCACGUUUUUACAUUUUGAAAACAGUUUCAACCGACAAAGAGACGUUUAAACGACACUAUAGACCGCAGGUUUGGUGUUUUCAUCCUUUCUUUUUGCUUCAUCUGCAUAUUUUCGGUCGGUUGAAAAGACUCAGAUGUAGCGAAAGUAUCCCCGUCACCUGAGUAUUACUGCGUCAGCGUUUGUCGGUGAUGCGUUUUAACGAGAAGGAGCUGGUGUCUCUGAGCCGCCAGCCCUCAGAGAAGGCAGCUGAGUUGGGGAUGAGAGGACCCAAGAAAGGAGACGUAGUGAAAAGGAGGCUGGUGAAACUGGUCGUAAACUUCCUUUUUUAUUUCCGGACUGACGAGGAAGAGCCAAUCGGAGCGUUGUUGUUGGAGCAGUGUCGGGUGGAGAAGGAGGACAGCCUGACCUUUUCUGUUGCAUUUCUCGAUGAAGCAGAGAAGAAAUACUUGUUUGAGUGUGACACUGAAGAGCAGUGUGGAGAGUGGAUAGACUCCAUUAUUAAAGCUAGUUAUGAGUUCAUGAGGAAGAACCUGAUAUUCUACAGAACAGAAAUCCACAGGCUCACCGGCAAGGACCCUUUGGAGCAGUAUGGCAUAUCAGAUGAAACUCGCUUCCAGGUCAGCAAUGGCCUGCAGAUGAUGACGAGAGAUACCUCCUCCCUGUAAAACAGCAUCCUUUGUUUUGAUGUUCCAAAGUUUCAUUUUAGUCCACCCUGCCUUUCCAACAUUCACUCUACUGGUUUGAAAUCUGUGACAUUUCCAUAAGCAAACACACUUUGUGCAUUUUUACUGCUCUUAUUGACUUUUUUUUUUUUCUUUUUUUAAGUUUUUCCACAGACUUACAGAGGCAGUUUUGUUCAAAUGUUAGUAUGGAGUAUUGGAGGCCUGCAGAGGGAUAACUCUAAACAUCUGUAUUGUGAUAUUAUGGUGACAUAUAUCUUUGCUAUUGGGAAUUUAUAUGCAGUUAUCUGUUGCAUUUUUUUUACUUCACCAUGGUUGAUUGUUUCUGUAUGAAUAUUUUAUACUAUACUUUCUACUGUACAUGCUGUUCUUUUAGAAAAUGUGACUUUGAAAGCAUCUUGUUGUAAUGACGCUGUUGAGCUGAGGCUGACUUACUCAGUACUGUUAGUAAUAUGAACAUGAGCGGGUUUAUUAUCACCAUCCAGGAUAUUUGGUGAAGACUGGUAUUCACAAAGUAAAUCCACACUGUCUGGAGAGGUAUAAGCUACGUUCACACUGCAGUCCUUCAAGCUCAGUUCUGAUUUUUUGCUCAGAUCUGAUUUUUAUGUUUGGCUGUUCACACUGCAGUCUAAUUUCAAAAGAUCAGAUUUGUACCUGAUUCAGUAACACAUAUGAAAGUGGCUUGAAGCUGAUACAAAAAUGUCAGAUUCAAUGUGACUGUGGCUCUUUACUCUGUCAGAGGAAUCAGACACAAGUCACAUAAGAGCAAAAAAAAACAACAAAAAAAUCAGACUUGGGUCACUCUGUGAACGUAGCCUUUGUAUCGUAAUAAACUUAAGAAGCCUUCAGAGUUUUGUAAUCACAUAGCUCUUAAAUCUGUCCAGAAUCUGAGUCCUUGUCUAAUUUUUAGGUAUAAAUUUAAGUUGUCCCAGUUUGUAAUAGUCAUCCAGCCCAUUUGGAUGCAUAUGUUUUUAAAAAAUCACAAGAUACUUUUGCACAUCCUUACCUUUUUCCCCCCAAGAAUUUCAAUAAUUUACUUGAAACUACUGUACUUUUCCUGUGGCACUUUGAAUCUGAUUUCUUUAGCUAAGCUUGGUGGACCAUGAUGGGACAACUGGCUUUGUAAUGUGACAUUUUUUAUUAAUAUAAUGCAAAUUCCUCUGUGAGUGUGACUACAACACAGUUGCAGCUUAUGUUGAGGUGAAAUAUUUCCUCAAUGUUUCACUAAGUGGCAUUGCUGUAUCUUGCAGAUUGUUCAUUUCAUAUGUGCAGUUAGGAGUCUGUCUCAGAACAUGUCAACGAAUGUGUCUUCAUUUAUAACUUUUGCACAUUGAAUUUGUUCAGUCUGUUUUUACUUCAUGUACGGUUGUGUUUGUUUCACUGGCAACACUUUUAUUUUACUAAUAAAGCCAUUAAAAUAUA